AAAUGUCAUCAAUGGUCGCCUCAGCGCCUUCCUCCAAAAACUACGCGGAAGAAAACAAACGCGAACUGGGACCGAAUGACAUCCAGGACAGGCGAAACUGGUGGUUUAGCUGGUUUACUGGGACUCUGUGAGACGGAGACUGCGGCUCUAGGUUGGCGGAGCAGCAAACUGAACGACUGGUGACUGAAACAACCAGGAACCAGCCGAAACAAAACGCAAAGUUAGCUAACAUCAACUCAGCUAACAACUGUACAUUCAAGUUGCCGCGUUCUGGAUGAAAAGCAGAAAUAACUUUCACUGAGCACCACAAUGGACUGCAGCCCUGCUGAAGUGACAGACAGAGUUGUUCAGGAGUCUACAGGGAAUAACAGCUCCAGCUCUGAGGAUGAUUUCAUCCCUUUGUCAAAGCUCCUGAUGAAACAACCCAACGAGGGGAAGAAGUCACGUGACAACAGCCACAGCUUCACCUCUGACGCCAACGCUAAUUCAACAAAGGACAAAACUUUGGAUGAUUCUUCAGACGAUGAGCCGCUGAUAAAAAAGAAAACCACCUUUGCACCACCCAAGAAAGUAGAGAAAAAGGAAAACACACCGCCCAGAUCUAAUGGCACAAAUAACAAGAGCACAGAUGGUGAUUCAGAUAACGAACCUCUGAUUAGAAAAGCCUCCUCCAAACCUGAAAAGAAACUGCCGAAAGAAUCUGAUGAUACGAAGAAGACAGAUGCGAACACAGACGACGACUCGGACAACGAACCUCUGAUUAAAAAGGCCUCCUCCAGACCUGCAAAGAAACCUUCCUCAGUGCCACCAAAAAAAUCUGCUGACAGGAAGAAGAAAGAUUUGAACACAGAUGAUGAGUCAGAUAACGAACCUCUGGUCAAAAAAGUCUCCUCCAAACCCGCAAGGAAGUCGGUCUCAGUGCCACCAAAAAAAUCUGUUGAUAGGAAGAAGACAGAUUUGAACACAGAUGAUGACUCGGACAACGGACCUCUGAUAAAAAAAGGGUCUUCCAAAGCUGCAAAGAAGCCGCCAAAAGAAUCUGCUGAUGCAAAGAAGACAGAUUCGAACACAGAUGACGAUUCUGACAAUGAACCUCUGGUUAAAAAGGUCAGAGUCUCCUCCAGAGCUGCAAAGAAACCUCCUGCAAAGAAAUCUGUUGACACAAAGACAACAGAUUCAAACACAGAUGAAGAUUCUGACUACGAGCCUCUGAUUAAAAAGGCCAAAGCCUCCUCCAGACCUGCAAAGAAACCUCCCUCAAAAAAACCUGCUGACAGGAAGAAGACAGAUUCAAACACAGAUGAGGAUUCUGACUACGAUCCUCUGAUUAAAAAGGCCAAAGUCUCCUCCAGACCUGCAAAGAAACCUCUCUCAAAAAAUUUUGCUGACAGGAAGAAGACAGAUUCAAACACAGAUGAUGACUCUGACAAUGAGCCUAAAAACGCCAAAGUCUCCUCCAGAGCUGCAAAGAAACCUCCCUCAAAAAAGUCUGUUGAUACGAAGACGACAGAUUCAAACACAGAUGAUGACUCUGACAAUGAACCUAAAAAGGCCAAAGCCUCCUCCAGACCUGCAAAGAAACCUCCCUCAAAAAAACCUGCUGACAGGAAGAAGACAGAUUCAAACACAGAUGAGGAUUCUGACAAUGAGCCUCUGAUUAAAAAGGCCAAAGUCUCCUCUAGACCUGCAAAGAAACCUCCCUCAAAAAAACCUGCUGAGAGGAAGAAGACAGAGUCACCGGAUGAGGAUGACAGUUCUGAUGAUGAACCUCUGAAUGAAACUGCCAAGAGACUUCCCCGUAAGACAAAAGCAGCCGUUGUCCCAGCGAGCCCAGUUAUUAAAUCCAAAAGGACUGCAGCAAGGAAAAAAGUUAAAUACGCCGACUCUUCCAGCGACAGCUCAGACGAUGAGCAGCUGGUGGCCAUAAAGAGGAAGAAUGGAAAUAAGAAAGCGAUAACGAAACGUAAAGACAGAUCACGAAAAGAUUCGUCAUCCUCAGGCGGCAGGUCAGACGAUGAUGAUGAUGUUCCUUUGGUGAAAGUCACCUCAAAGAAAAGUAAACCAGUGAAGAGAAACACAAAAAGGAGCACCGUGUCCCGGAGCAGUGCAUCAAAAAAGAGACAAGAUCUCAGUGAUGAAAGCUCAGAAGACGAAGCUUUGAUUAAUCUGGCAAAAAAGACACAAAGAAAAACAAAAGCCAAGGCUUCGACUCCGAGGAAGAGGAAGGCAGCUGCUAGAAAGCCAACAAAGAAGACAGUGACAGAUUCAUCAAACAGCAGUUCAGAUGAUGAGCCUUUAAUGGAGACCCACCCACCACACCCACAAGUGACCAAAAUCCUCAAAGUCCUACUAGAGAGGUGUGACUGUGAGGCCGCUGGAGCAACAGGGAGCUUGAAGGAAACCAGAACAGAGGAAACACCGGCGGCUGAAAAACCCACGGAGGAAGACUCCGAGGGUAAGAAGGAUUCAUCAGACGAAGAAAAAGUGGAAGAAACAAGCUCCUCCAUCUAAAAAUCACUUAGUGUUCACAGAAAGUUCAUCAGCACUGUGUUUUAUACACGUUUAUUUAAAGUCUUCAUGUUUUUACUCCGGCUUUUGAGUUUGGGACCAUAUUGUGCAGGUUUUUUAUAAGAUUUUAUCCACCUUGUUUGAUAUUUAUACUCUUAAUGUGUCUGCUGUUUGCAUUGGCUUGUUUCUCUGGUUUUAUUUUUAAGAAGAUUAACAAAGUUAAAAAAUAAUGCUGUAAAGUCACAUUUUUGCUUGCAUAAUCAAAACACACUCAGCAUGCAGUAGCGACAAUCUGUUGUGUUGGAUUAGACUGCUUUCACUAGGAAAUUCAGAUCAGUUCUUUAUCAGUGUCGAAUGUUUUUAAUUCAGUAAGACUGUAAGUUGACGAUAGACGACAUAGGACAAGCUACACGGCCGUUUUUGUAAUUGGUAACAUAAUGAUUGGAUUAAUAAAAAAUGCAAUCUAAUCUGA